CCCUCCCGAACCCUCCGAAAAUCCUCCUGGAACUCUUCCCGGAGGGUUUCUGGAGGGUUUCGGUUGUUUCGAAAGGAGACCAGUCCGUAGCGAGCCCUGGACUCUCUAACUCUAAUUCUCUGUCUUGCUGGCCAGGCCCACCGUGGAGCGGUCCUCUCUAUAACGGUGUGCUGGCUCUCAUGCUUGGUAGCUUGACUUGUUGUUCCGACAUCGAACCUGCUUGCCCUCCCUUGCUAGCACUAGCGCAUACAUUUUUACUGACGGUGCCUGAAUGGCAAUGAAGAGUGUCAGAGGUCUUGUGGUCGUCCUCUUGGCCGCCUUGUUCGGUGCAGGCUACGGAUGGACUUGCCACAGCUCGACAGACUGCCAGCCGAGCAGUUCGCGUGCCAUCGGUACCAUCAUCCAGAACGACGUCCAGAUACUCUUGCAGCUCCCGACGGCAGCAGGGCCAACGCGAGCAGGGCCGAAGCAGUGGUCGGCUGCAACAUCGCCAAGGCGCCGGGUGGCUCGUCCAUGCUGCUUGCCAGGCUCAGCGAGGCGACGAGCAUGGUGGGGACUAUGGACGCCCAGGCCGCCUUCACGAUCCAGGGAUCUAGUCUUCUUGCUGCGCCCAACACGGUCUUGACAGAUCCGGGCUUUGCCAAGUCCAAGAAGGUCGGCGGCAUUUCCGUGGUGUACGUCGACAUCCCUGUCUUCUCUUUCUCCGCUCUUCCUGUCGAUCAGGGUCUGGAGGCAAUGCUCCUGGCUGAUUUUUGAACCCUGCCAGGGUGGAUCAACGGUUAUCCACUGUCUGUUACAAUCUGCGCUGACGAACGUUUCGCGACGUCGAACGGUGCCCUGAGUGCAGUGGGUGACCCGAGUGCAGUAGGUGACCCCCGCUUGCAAAACAUUCAUGGGUAGCAGUUUGACUUGAUGCAGACUGGCGAGCAUGUUCUGAUUCAGAUCCCGAGGUGGGAGAGCAUUGAAAACACGCUGCUCCACGUUCAGGCAGUUGCGCAUACGUUUGGCGAGUUGUGUGCGGACACGUACUGCAUGCGCAUUCACGUAACUGGAAAGUGGCCCAGUGUUUUGCAACCUGGUGGUUUCAUCUUCCGGGCAGACGACCCCGACGGGUUGCGCAGAGUCCAGAUAGAUGAGUUUCCGCGGGUUGUCAAACGGACUUCAAAUGAAAGUUUUCAUAUGCUACCCUGUCCGUCUUGGAGCUAUUUCAGGAUACCGAGGCCGUUAUGGGCAUGAGUGUGAGGACGAGGACAUGGUGAUGAUCACGAUGAAAAUGUGCCCCCAAUAUCGGAUCUUUCUUCAUAAAAAAUGAUGAGGAGCGUUUUGCGCAGAAUCCUUUCCACAUGACGAGAUUCGAGGACCCUCAAAUUUUACAACACAUGUGGACAAGUUUUUUGCGUGCCCGCUCGAGGACGGCGCGCCCUGCGCGCAGGAAUUUCGAGGACGUCUCGAGCCCCGCGCUCGUUUUGCUGAAGGAAGUUUGGUUUUUUGCGUGCCCGCUCGAGGACGGCGCGCCCUGCGCUCCAGACAUCUGAGGAUGCUUCGAGUGAAACGCCUGUCUGGCAGCGCGAAAGGCCUGGGUGCCCCUGGAUGCCCAGGUGGCUCUGGGAGUGCGGUUGGACCAUUAUUGGGGCACGACGGCGGGUCUCAAUUUAUACGUCAAACAUCUCGAUCGUGCUGGGUUUCCCGUCGGUCGACUCCUGGGCGAGGAUGACCACGAGGAAGCGUCUACUCCUUCCCGUGAGUGUCAGCAGCGCAUGGCUCUCACGUCAUAUGCAGCUACGUCCUGAUGCGCAUUCGCGAGCCCGCAGCUGGCGAGAGGUUGUGGUAGAUUUUGUCUCGUCUCUUCUUCUUCCUCCUCCUCCUCCUGCUGCGCAAUAUCAAUACGUGAUUCGAGAGUGAUUGUUGGUAGGCCGCCAUUCCCGCAAUGCGGCAAUCGGCGUGCGUUUUCGCCUGCCCACGCGCUCCAGCGUGUUGCACUUCUGCUCUGCCCUGUUUUUCCCAACCAUCCUGUGGUGUUGGGUCCCGCGUCUCACGCCUUCCUCCCGCUGCCCCCUCCCUCCUCCCAUCCUCUCCCUCCUCCUCUCCUCCCCCGCUAAUGCUCCUGAUACGCAUUCUUGCGACAAUCGGCUGCAGAGUCCACUGCUUCUUUUCUGUGCUUGUAGAGGAAUUGCGGCAUACACCUCUCGCAGACAGGUCAGGGGC